UGUGGCUGGGGAUUCGCUGGGAGGGUUCAUUAUUUGGCAGGGAGCGGCAGAGAGACGAGCAUUUCCUAGAUACCCACAGCAACGCGUGGAUUCAUUCCGCUUCCAUCACUUCAGAGGCGAGCCGGCGGAUUUUCUGGGCUGUUUAAACUUACUGGCUAGGUUUGGAAAGCCGCCCGUUUGGAAAUAAAUUACAGCAUCGUAUUUCCUCGGAAGUGUUUUGUUCCUGUACCGGGGCUGUCAUCACUGAAGUAAACAUGACGAGUGCUACGUCCCCAAUACUGCUAAAAUGGGACCCCAAAAGUCUUGAGAUUCGCACACUGACUGUGGAGAGGUUGCUGGAGCCGUUGGUCACACAGGUGACCACCCUGGUCAACACCAGUAACAAAGGUCCAUCCAGUAAGAAAAAGGGACGCUCCAAGAAAGCUCACGUGCUGGCUGUGUCCGUGGAGCAGGCUACACAGAACUUUCUAGAAAAGGGCGAGCAGAUUGCUAAGGACAGCCAGGACCUGAAGGAGGAGCUUAUCGCAGCUGUAGAGGACGUUCGCAAGCAAGGUGAGACGAUGCGCGUGGCCUCCUCAGAGUUUGCGGAUGACCCCUGUUCCUCUGUGAAACGUGGCACCAUGGUCCGUGCCGCCCGUGCCCUCCUUUCUGCUGUCACUCGCCUCCUCAUCCUGGCUGACAUGGCUGACGUCAUGAGGCUCCUGGCUCACCUCAAGAUCGUGGAAGAAGCUCUAGAAGCCGUCAAGAAUGCCACCAAUGAGCAGGACUUGGCCAAUCGCUUUAAGGAGUUUGGGAAAGAGAUGGUCAAACUCAACUAUGUUGCUGCUCGCAGACAGCAGGAGCUGAAGGACCCUCAAUGCAGGGACGAGAUGGCGGCAGCUCGAGGGGCUCUUAAGAAGAACGCCACUAUGCUCUAUACUGCCUCCCAGGCCUUCCUGCGCCACCCCGACGUGGCUGCUACACGUGCCAACCGUGACUAUGUCUUCAAACAGGUCCAAGAGGCCAUUGGGGGCAUCUCCAGCUCUGCUCAGGCCACUUCACCCACCGACGAGAAGCACGGGCACGCUGGCAUCGGCGAGCUGGCUGCCGCUCUCAAUGAGUUUGAUAAUAAGAUCAUUCUGGACCCGCUAACAUUCAGUGAGGCUCGCUUCAGGCCGUCCCUUGAGGAACGUCUGGAGAGCAUCAUCAGUGGCGCCGCCCUCAUGGCCGACUCAUCCUGCACACGCGACGAUCGCCGCGAACGCAUCGUAGCCGAGUGCAACGCCGUGCGUCAGGCCCUGCAAGACCUGCUGAGCGAGUACAUGAACAAUAAUAAGAUCAUUCUGGACCCGCUAACAUUCAGUGAGGCUCGCUUCAGGCCGUCACUUGAGGAACGUCUGGAGAGCAUCAUCAGUGGCGCCGCCCUCAUGGCCGACUCAUCCUGCACACGCGACGAUCGCCGCGAACGCAUCGUAGCCGAGUGCAACGCCGUGCGUCAGGCCCUGCAAGACCUGCUGAGCGAGUACAUGAACAAUUCAUGGCUAGAUACUGACUGUUCAUCUUGA